AAAGGCACAGCCGGUCACAGGUUGGUAAUUCCUAUGCAAAGAGACAGUAACUAUAGCUCAUCACGAGUUGCAGAGAAUGGUUUCACCUGGCGCAAUCAGUAAGGUACAUGCAAUUUGCAUCUGCAUGGUCACCUCUUCAGCCCUCUGCCACAACAACAGAGUAAUUACAGCUCAUCACGAGUUGCAGAGAAUGGUUUCACCUGGCGCAGUCACUAUGGCCAUGCAAUCUGCAUCACCUUCACAGCCCUAUGCUGCAAUGGAAAGGCUACGCCCCCCAAAGUGUUGGCCACAGAGAAUAAAAGCAGGACAGCUGGAUGCCUUCUUCCUUUCUGUACUGUACGCUGAACCAGCCAGUAUGACACGCCGAUUCUCCACCGACAUGGCCCUGAAGCUGAUCUUCGAGGAGAGCGAGGUUUCUGAUUGGGAUGAAGACGAGUCGAUUUCAGAAACCGAGGACCACAUCUCAGCGGUUUCAGAAACUGAAAGUGACUUCGAUGACAAAAUUUUGACGUAGAUUUCAUUCCAAGUACAGAGGUAAGACUUUGAUUCCAAUGCAAUACGCUGUCUGUUUGAUAAAAUGUGCUGUGUGAGAUAUUUAGAGCUUGCUCAUUUGUAACCUCUGCUAUCAUUACUGUGGAUUCAGCCUUCCUCGGGUCGAGGAAGGGCUCGCCCAGUCUCCGUUUCGCACGGAGCGCCAUCAGCCCAGCGAGGAGAAGUAAGUAUAUAACAGUGCAAUACGCCGUCUGUUUGAUAAAAUGUGCUGUGUGUGAUAUUUAGAGCUUGCUCAUUUGUAACCUUUGCUAUCAUUACUGUAAUUUCAGCCUUCCUCAGGAGGGAAAAGGAAGAAAAAAACUAAAGGAAUUGUGUCAGUCGAGCGCGUGGCUGAAGGCGUGGAGCAGCAGGGAGAAGCAAGUUACGCUCAUGCAAUAUACAGUCUGUUUGAUACAAUGUGCUCUGUUGGAGAAUUUAUUGUAAUUGUGAUUUAUUAUUUUGAAACUAUUACAGGCUGAGCCAGCUCCUAGAACGUCAGUUGAGGAGGAAAUUCCUGGAGACGUCUUCAUGUCGAAAUCCAGGGAGGUUUCAUGGUCUUUCUACCCAUCAAAGCAGCCACCCCGCCUUGCAGCAAAUGUUAUAACCAUGGAACCAGGGCCAACCACAAUGGCAAUCAGCCAUGUCUCGGACAUCAAGUCCGCUUUCCAUGUGCUAAUGCCGGAUUUGUUCCUCCAAAUCAUCCUGGACUGCACAAACCACGAAGGUAGGCGUGUAUAUAGAGAGAAGUGGAAGGUCAUGGACAUGAUACUUCUGUACGCCUACCUUGGUCUUUUGUACCUGGCUGGAGUCUUCAAAUCCAAUGGAGAGUCCUUGUAUUCCCUGUGGUCAGCGGAAAACGGAAGGGCAAUAUUCAGGUCAACAAUGUCCUUGGACAGAUUCCAAAUAAUUACAAGGGUUUUCCGGUUCGAUAACAGAGACCACCGAGCAGCUCGACGGCAGACAGACAAGCUUGCCGCCAUCCGGACGGUUUGGGACAAGUGGGUGCACUGCCUCCCCCAGCUCUUCAACCCCGGGCCUAAUGUCACUGUUGAUGAGCAGCUGAUGCCGUUUAGGGGCCGCAGCCCAUUCAGGCAAUAUAUGCCAUCUAAACCGUCUAGGUAUGGCAUCAAGAUCUGGGCUGCCUGCGAUGCUGCGACGUCAUACGCAUGGAACCUCCAGGUGUACACCGGGAAACCUGAGGGAGGAGUCCCCGAGCGUAACCACGCGAUGAGAGUUGUCCUGGACCUUUGUGAAAAACUGAAGGGUCACAACAUAACCUGUGACAACUUCUUUACGUCUUACAAGCUGGGACAGGAACUGCUGAAGAGAAAGCUGACCAUGGUGGGAACGAUCCGGAAAAACAAGCCAGAGCCCCACCACAACUGCUGCAGACUAAAGGACAGGCCUAUAAAUUCCUCCUUGUUCAUGUACACGGCUGACACGACCCUGGUCUCAUAUGUUCCAAGGAAGGCAAAGAAUGUGCUGCUGAUGAGCACACUUUAUCGCGAGGGCACAAUCUGUGGCUCAAAACCACAGAUUAUCCUCGACUACAACGCCACAAAAGGAGGGGUGGACAACCUGGACAAGCUGGUCGCUGCCUACACCUGCAAAAGACGGACACUACGCUGGCCCCAGGUCAUCUUCUAUGACAUGUUGGACAUCACAGCAUACAAUGCUUUUGUCCUGUGGCUGGGAGUCAACCCACACUGGAAACCAGGUAAGCUCCAGAGAAGAAGACUGUUCAUGGAGGAGCUGGGAAAGGCCCUGGUGUCACCCUACAUCCAGACCAGGCAGCAUGUUCCAAGAACACCAUACUCUGCGGCAAUCGUGAGGAGGAUUCAGGGGGAGGAUGCUGCUGGCCCAUCCACCAGACCUACAGGCCCACAACCACCAGUGCCUGAGGUAAGUGUGUAAUGUUGUGGCAUAA